AUGAGACAUGCUACCGGAACGGGGCCUAGUGUGCCUCGAAAGGGAAAGAAGAAGGUCCUCUGGGUCUGUCGCCUGCUUUGCUCAGUUCCAAUCCAACUUGAGCGAAGAUGCGGCCGAGGCGAGGCUGAAGCUGCAGUCAAGUCCGGCUGGGAACUACUCUCAGAAAUGUCUCAUGCAAUUCCAAAUCAAGCCGUCGCCUGGACUCUACGUGGACACAUAAUGGCCACAUUCUGCUGCAACGCGAGCGAUAAGGAACCAGACAGAAGGACUCGCCUUGAAUUGCUGUGA